AUGGUCUACGCCUUCACCCUGCCAACAACCUCACACCUUUCCAUCCAAACAUUCCUCUCCUCCAGCACCCAUCCCUCCCUACCACAAGCUGCCUCAACAGCCCGUCAUGCGCUCCGCGUCGCUCUCAAAGCGCAUAAACGCUUACCCCGCGGCUCGCAACAAGACGCCCACUUGACCACUGUCCUCAACGCCUUGAACGAUUACCUGCCAUACCUCCUUGCUAUUUCGGAUGGAUUGAACGGGAUCACUAUUGGAAAUAAUACAGAGGAGGUUGAGAUCACUCUCCACAGCGAGCUCGAGUCCGAAUGGCGCGCCACACUGUCCUCCACUACACCCUCGCUGCCCAUCAAGGGCAAAGGCACAAGUGCCGACCGUGUCCGGGGGCGCGGGAUUGAUUUCGAAAUCGCAUUUACGCUAACGACGCUGGGAUAUGUACUGAGUAACAUGGCGCACUCGACAGUCGUCCGGACGCUAUACGCCUCGAAGACCCCAACACUCGAGCAACGCACUGCAUCCGUCCAAACAGCUACCAAAUACCUACUACAAGCUAGCACAGUGCAUACCUUUCUUUCCAUAUCUUCUUCGCCGUCUGGAACAGCGCCGAUUAGCGUACCGGAUCUCGAUCCCGCAACGCAAUCAGCUCUUUCCUCCCUCGCCUUAGCAGAGGCUACCCUCCUAGCUGUGCUGAAGGACGAUUCCUAUGUCGCGACUUGUAUCCAGUCGCGCAAUCCCAAUGAUAAGGAUUGGAUGGUGCGCGCGGCUGAGAUCCCCAAAGUCCGCGCAAUGCUCUUUGCACGAUUAUGUGUCCGCGCCGCCGAGUACGCGGAGCAGGCGACUGCCGGGCUAGGUAUGGUGGGAGCACAAGGGAAAGGUGGGGUUGAGGAUGAUCUGGUCAAGUAUGCGCGCGUGCUGGGCCGUGUGGCCCGGGCGAGAGCUUGUCGGUUCUUUGGGGUCGAUGCGGAGUUAGCUGGGAAAGUUGGGGAAGGAAUAGCUUGGUUGCGAGCGGCGAAGAGUGCUCUAGGUCUAAGAAUUGGUCCACCGAGUGUAAUGGAGGGUUCUACGAAGCGUGAGCGAGGGUUCUCCAGAUUGAAGCGGGAAUGGUCGGAACGGAGGGAGGAGCGGAAGAUGGAGAAGGAUGCUGGGAGUCGGGAUAGGGGAGAGAAGAGUGAGCUUGAUCCCGGCGAUAAUGCUGGAAGAGAGGAAGAGGGACGAGUUAUUGAGAUGUUGGAAACGAAGUGGGUGAGGAUGAAUGACACAAUCAACACGCAAUUAGUCCCCCAAUCGACAGAUCUUCUAAAGAACUUACCCUCUGGCCGAGAUAUCCAUUCUCCCCCCGGUCCUUACAAGCUUCCGGCAUUAGAUGAAGAGGAACUUGUGCGGAUGCGUGCUCCGCCGGGAGAUGAUGAUAUAGGACCAGGAAGCGAUUUGGAUGACAGUGACGAGGAGCCAGCUGCUGAUGUGAGGGAUACAGAUAAACGUGCUGAGCAUGAGAGUGCUUAUUAUUGA